AAUAAAAUAUUCUUAGAGGAACCACCACGAGAGGCGCAGCAGCGAGAGUCACCGCCGCUGGAGGUGCCACCACAAGUAACAUUGCCCUGAGAAGUGCCGCCACGAGAUCUGUCGGUUUUUCCCCGCUGGUGGAACUCGCUGUUUCCACUCGAAUUGCGAUUUUGAACGUCGAUCCAAACCGAUCCAGAAAAAGUGACUUUCAGGCGACUCAUAGAAGGAGAAGAAGAUCGUAGACUCCUACAAUCUAACGGGUUGAAACGCGAUUUUGACUAACUUGGUUAGCUCAUUUGUUUCCCUCAUUCUCCGAUUCCACAAAGCUCGUUUCUUUUCCUCAUUCCCCGAUCCCACAAUGCAAAGGGUAUCCCCAAACUCCACAAUUUGGAGGAACAUAGUCUCUAAGGUCAGAAAAAACUUGUUUUCCAUCAACGAACCUUUUGCUGUGCGGUCUUUCUCCGCGGUUCCCGUUGCAGCAGCCGCGAAAUUGCAUAAACAGGAGAUUCCGUGCGAUUUCCAGAAAUGGGGUUCGGUUGGAUUCUGUAGGACGUCGAAGUUCGCCUCUGGGUUCAACCCUCUGCAACCGAAACCGUUGGAUUCUAUUGUAGAUGUCCACAGGCUGAAAGAUCGGUAUCCUGAAGAUAUUGCUUCUAUUUGGGAUGAUUAUCACAUAGGAAGAGGUCAUGUUGGAGCAUCUAUGAAAGCAAAACUUUAUAACUUGCUGGCACAUAGAGCUUCAGAAUGCCGAUACUUUGUGAUUCCUUUGUGGAAGGGAAGUGGAUACACGACAAUGUUUGUUCAAGUCCAGACGCCACACAUGAUUUUUACAAGUCUUGAAGAUUACAAGGCCAGGGGAACACAAGCAUCACCCUAUUUUACUGUUUCCUUUUACACUGAAUUUGCAGAGAGCAAGGAUUUGGUACUGAUCCGUGGGGAUAUCGUAUUUACCAGCAAGCUUACUGAUUCAGAGGCAGAAUGGCUUUUGGAAACUGCUCAGUCUUUUUAUCUGAAUGAUGCAAGGUACAAGCUGGUUGAGAGAUUCAACAGAGAGACACGUGAUUUUGAGUUCAAAGAUGUCUUGCAAAUACUGAACAUGCCUAUUUUGUAACCUUUCUUAAUUGAACAACUGCUAAACUAAACAGCAGUAAAGACAAAGCAGAAGGGUGGAUUUGAUCAUGGAGGAAAUUGCAAAUGAAGGAAAGGAAGAACCGUAACUUUUUCAUCAUUUAAUCAUAUUCUUUUGCAUAAGGAAGAGUGUCUUGGACUGAGCUUCCUCUUAUAUUGUAGUCUUAGAUCCAGGCUUUGUUUUAUCUUUCAUGUUGAUUCAAUAAAUAGAUCUUGUAUUUGAAUCUCUGCUUCAAAACAUUUACAAACAAGUAAAAUAGAAAAAGAAGUUUUGUUUUUGUCA